CCCCAUCCCAUUUUCCUCUUCCUUUAUCUCAUUGUUGCCGUAGCUGUUUACGGCAGCGCUCCCUCUGCCCCAGCAUGGGGCGGGCUCCGGGCACUGCCAUUCGGCCGGCGCGGCUCCCGCGGCUGCCGGGGGAUUCUGCCUAAUUCCCCCUGCCCGGCCCGUGCAGUGAGGACCGGAGAGCGGUGGAGGCCCGGACUGCAGCAGCGGCGGGGCCACCUCCCAGCAUCCCCACCCUAGGAGGCUGCAUGCGGAUUGAAGAGCGGCGCCUGGGGGCUGGGCUGGCCCCGCUGAUCCCAACCUAGGGAGGCCAGCAGGACCGCCCAGGCUGCGGAGGGGCCCUGGGGAGCAGGAAGGACAGAGCAUCAAGAUGGCCAGUAAAACCAAGGCCAGCGAGGCCCUGAAGGUGGUGGCCCGGUGCCGCCCCCUCAGCCGGAAGGAGGAGGCUGCUGGUCACGAGCAGAUCCUGACCAUGGACGUGAAACUGGGCCAGGUGACCCUACGGAACCCCCGCGCUGCCCCAGGGGAACUGCCCAAGUCCUUCACCUUUGAUGCCGUGUAUGAUGCCAGCUCCAAGCAGGCAGACUUAUAUGAUGAAACCGUGAGGCCCCUGGUAGACUCGGUACUUCAGGGUUUCAAUGGCACGGUGUUUGCCUAUGGCCAGACGGGCACCGGCAAGACCUACACCAUGCAGGGGACCUGGGUGGAGCCCGAGCUGCGGGGGGUCAUCCCCAAUGCCUUUGAGCAUAUCUUCACCCACAUCUCUCGCUCCCAGAACCAGCAGUACCUGGUUCGGGCCUCCUACCUGGAGAUCUACCAGGAGGAGAUCCGGGACCUGCUCUCUAAAGAGCCUGGCAAGAGGCUAGAACUGAAGGAGAACCCGGAGACCGGUGUCUACAUCAAGGACCUCUCCUCCUUCGUCACCAAGAACGUCAAGGAGAUCGAGCACGUGAUGAACCUGGGGAACCAGACCCGGGCGGUGGGCAGCACACACAUGAAUGAGGUCAGCUCCCGCUCCCACGCCAUCUUCGUCAUCACUGUGGAGUGCAGCGAGCGGGGCUCAGAUGGCCAGGACCACAUCCGUGUGGGCAAGCUCAACCUGGUGGACCUGGCUGGCAGUGAGAGGCAGAACAAGACAGGCCCCAAUGCCGCCGGAGGGACGGCCACACAGUCCACGGGUAGCGGCAGCGGUGGAGGUGGGGGUAGUGGCAGCGGUGGUGGUGGUGGUGGUGGUGGUGGUGGUGGAGAGAGGCCUAAGGAAGCCUCCAAAAUCAACCUCUCGCUGUCUGCCCUGGGCAACGUGAUCGCUGCUCUGGCUGGCAACAGGAGCACCCACAUCCCCUACCGGGACUCCAAACUGACCCGGCUGCUCCAAGACUCUCUGGGGGGGAACGCCAAGACCAUCAUGGUGGCCACUCUGGGGCCGGCUUCUCACAGCUACGACGAGAGCCUCUCCACCCUGCGCUUUGCCAACAGGGCCAAGAACAUCAAGAACAAGCCCCGGGUGAACGAGGACCCCAAGGACACGCUGCUGCGGGAAUUCCAGGAGGAGAUCGCCCGCCUGAAGGCCCAGCUGGAGAAGAAGGGGAUGCUGGGAAAGCGGCUCCGGAGGAAGAGCAGCCGCAGGAAGAAGGCCGUGUCGGCCCCAGCUGGGUACCCCGAGGGGCCGGCGAUAGAGGCCUGGGUGGCCGAAGAGGAGGAUGACAACAACAACAACCACCGCCCACCCCAGCCCAUCCUGGAGUCAGCCUUGGAUAAGAACAUGGAGAAUUACCUGCAGGAGCAGAAGGAGCGCCUGGAGGAGGAGAAGGCGGCCAUCCAGGAUGACCGCAGCCUGGUGAGCGAGGAGAAGCAGAAGCUGCUGGAGGAAAAGGAGAAGAUGCUGGAAGACCUAAGGCGGGAGCAGCAGGCCACGGAGCUGCUCGCGGCCAAGUACAAGGCCAUGGAGAGCAAGCUGCUCAUCGGGGGCAGGAACAUCAUGGAUCAUACCAACGAGCAGCAGAAGAUGCUGGAACUAAAGAGGCAGGAGAUUGCGGAGCAGAAACGCCGUGAACGGGAAAUGCAGCAAGAGAUGUUGCUCCGCGACGAGGAGACCAUGGAGCUCCGGGGCACCUACACGUCCCUGCAGCAGGAGGUGGAGGUCAAAACCAAGAAGCUCAAGAAGCUCUACGCCAAGCUGCAGGCGGUGAAGGCAGAGAUCCAGGACCAGCACGACGAGUACAUCCGCGUUCGGCAGGACCUGGAGGAGGCGCAGAAUGAGCAGACCCGGGAGCUCAAGCUCAAGUACCUGAUCAUCGAGAACUUCAUACCCCCUGAGGAGAAGAACAAGAUCAUGAACCGGCUCUUCCUGGACUGUGAGGAGGAACAGUGGAAGUUCCAGCCACUUGUGCCCGCCGGAGUCAACAACAGCCAAAUGAAGAAGCGUCCAACGUCCGCAGUGGGCUACAAGAGGCCCAUCAGCCAGUAUGCUCGGGUUGCUAUGGCAAUGGGGUCCCACCCCAGGUACAGGGCUGAAAACAUCAUGUUCCUGGAGUUGGAUGUGUCCCCUCCAGCCGUCUUUGAGAUGGAAUUCUCUCAUGACCAAGAACAAGAUCCCCGUGCGCUACACAUGGAGAGGCUCAUGCGCUUGGACAGCUUUCUGGAAAGACCUUCCACAUCUAAAGUUCGAAAGUCCAGGUCGUGGUGCCAGGCUCCUCAGCGGCCUCCAGCCUCUACCCCACACGCCUCACUGGCCUCCGCUGCUCUGCACCCCACAACAGUGCUAGACCAUGAGUGACAACCUUCCGUCAGGCUGCCCGGCCAAGAGCCUCCUGGGACGGGGAGCCAACCCUGGAUCGUCUCACCUGACACUCAGUGUGCGUGCGUGUGUGUGCAUGUGCGUGUGUGUGUGUGUGUGAGGGGGCAAGACCCUGGCAGACCGCGCGUCGGCCCACUCUUCUCAGCCUCCUUUAUUUAAUUAAUGUUAUUUAUUUGUGGAGUUCGGAUUUGGGGGAGAUGCCCUCGCCUGAGCCUGCCGUGGUCACUACAGAGCCUCCUUUCCUUCUGACUUUAGAACCCCCCACCCCCGUGUCAGACCUCAAGCUCCGCUCUAUCAGCUGCUCCCAGAAGGGAAGGUAGCCAGGGCCUGAGAAGAGCGCACUUUUUCUACCUGUCUCACUCCAUCAUCCAUCUCCUCCAGCUGACCGGGAGCAGUUCCUAAGCACUUUCUGGGACUAGAAAAACGCUCGAUGUCCACAAAGGACCAGAGAUGUCCCGACAGCGUUGGGCCUGUGCUCCCAGCGGACAGAGGCCUGCACUUCCCUCUCCGGACCUCAGAUAACCUCUUUUGGCCUCUUGGGCUCCUUUUCAAGGACUUACAUGACCUCACCGACACAGCCCAUGCUCUUCGGCUUCGGCAAGAACUCAUGGCUUACCCAGCUCUGCUUCCUGGCCACUGUCCCAACCUCUGGAUGGGAAUUGUGAACCGACCGGUGGAGGGCCCCCUUCAGGACCUGCAGAAAACAAAACCGUAAUGGAGACAACACGGACAGUCAUCAAAGGAAGUCCCGUCUCUGAGUCCCUUCGUUUCUGUCCCCUCGGAGAAAUAACUUGGGUCAACAAGUGAUCAAGCCAACUCCCCGUUUUUUGAGAUGCUGCUCCUUCCUGCUGUGGUCAUUUUCCUCUGCAGCUGCCUGGUGCCCAGUUCAGGGUGGCAGGAAUCAAUGUCGUUCUCCCUCUGGCUACACAAAGGUACCGGAAUCUGUUGCUUCCCCCUUCACGUAGCACAGGAGACAGAGACCCAGGCCCCAUCUGCCAGCUUUGCCAAUUAACGCCAGUUUCUGUAUCCCGUUUGUCAAGCACUGUUUUGUUGAAAACGGAUCCUUUCUUCAGCGUUGUGCAAAUUAGUCCCUAGGGAAAUGCUCCCCACUUCCUUUUGUGACAUCUGAAGAUGUUUCCAGUUAUCUCAAGUAGUAAGUAAGUUUUGACCAAAAAAAAAAAAAAAAAGAUAGAAAGAUUAAUUUUUAUUGAUUUACUUUGUAAGUGUAUAUUUUGGUAGAGGAAUAAAGAGGUAAUCAUGAAAGAAACAAGUGAUUUAAGAUCUCAAAAUGCCCUCAUAGUGGGAAUCUCUGGUUCCCAGAAAUAAAAGGAUUUUAGUCAUUGGGACAGAAGCAUGAAACUGACAGAGAUUCUUGAAUUUGGCGGGGCAGGGAUGGGGGCUGAUUACCUGGGUCUUCUCUUUUUCCAUCAGGAAGUGAACCCUUCCUGCACAGUUCAAGUUCUGCUCUAGGGACCAAGCUAUGGUUUGGUUUCCUUCACUGAUGCUGUCAUUUCUGCCGUAGUUACUGUACUAGAUGGUUGGACAACUCAAUUGCCAUUUGCUCCCGUCCUUCAGGGGAACACCAUUCUUCAUCAGAGCCCAAGAGAUUAUUUGAGACUCAGGAUUCGGAUCAGAGGUUUGACUGUGUCUGGGACAGGAAUUAUGUGUAGAAAUCCCCCAGGCGGCCUGGGCACCAAGGGACUUCAUGCCUACACUGAACAGCCUCUCCCGCUGACCUUUCCUAUUUGUGGAUGAAACAGCACGUGUCACCCCCAUUCAUCACUUGGACACAUCGACUCUGCGUCAUCUGGUCACUUGACCCUCACAGUCUUAGAGCACAAAAUAAGAGGGCUAGGCCCGAGGUGUGUCGAAGGAGGAGCUCCUGCCUGCGGCUUUGUGUACGUGUGUGUGCGUGUUCAUGUGUGUGUGUGUUUACCUCCGCUCUACACUUGGGGGACACUCGACACUCGGUGUAAGAUAUGCUGGGAACAGGACCACCGGGGUGGUUGGAUCUCAGUCUCUCUGUCUCUCUCCUUUCCCUUUUGAUGUAUCGAACAUUUGAUUGACAAAGUGAAGGCCUUGAUGAGGACCAUAUUUCUGUGUCUGUUGAUAUGGUCUUUAUUUAGGACAACAGUUAAUGCAGUGGCCCAUUCUUGUCACUCUAUACAUAUGACUAUACGGGACGUAUGUAAUAUAUAAAUAUAUAUAAAAAACAUUACCCUCUGUCUCCUUGGCUUCAGAUGAGGCCUCUCUGUUGAGCUGAAACGCACCUGCAGCUUGGUGCUGCCGGCAGCCUGCUGCCCAGCCCCGUCCAAAUUAACACAGUCGAUAAUAAAGGAAUGAGUAUCGUCCCAGAA